AUGAAGGUGCCAAAGACUGUCACUUACAAUAGUCUUGUUGAUCAAUUGUAUACUUCAAUCGAAGCUGACAAGUCUCGUAUUGAUCUUGACUUAAAUGUAAUCUAUCAUUUUGGAAGUAAAGGUAUCCCUCCAUCUUUGAUUAGUAAUGAUGAUGAUGUUGCUAUUUUUCUUGAUGAGAUAGGAACAUCUAUCAAUCAUCGGACACCCCUAUGUGUGUCUACUAUAGAGAAGAGAAGUAAUGAUCAUUUGGUUACUAAAACGCGUGAGUUGUAUACUAUUCCUCCAGUUGAAACCAAAGUGAAUGAUGAUUUUUGCAUUGAUGGCAAUGAAGACAGCUUAUUGAAGAGCCAUGAUUCCUCAAAUAAUAGAGGUCGUAAAGUAAGACAGGUUGGUGAAGAUAAUCUAUGGAGUACUCCACUUUUGUUGAAUCAAGGGGAAAAAGGCUCUACUUCAGCCUCAACAGCUCAAUUACUAACAUCUUCUUCGAGUAUCAAUUCAUGGGAAUUAAAAGAGGGUCAAAUAUUUGAGAACAAUCAAGAGUUGAAGAUGAAACUCCAUCUUUAUGCAUUAAAGAAAAACUUUGAGUUUAAAGUAAAGAAGUCUGCGAAAAAUAUAUGGUGUACAGUAUGUGUUGAUGAUAAAUGCAAAUGGAGGUUGAGGGCUACAAAAUUGGUUAAUUCCAAUAUGUUCGAGGUUCGUAAAUUUUUCGGUGAACACACAUGUUCAUUGGAUGUUCGACAUAAAGAUCACCGUCAGGCAUCCCCAUGGCUUAUUGGACAUGUCAUAAGGAGAAAAUUUGAGGGUGAUAAUGUUAAUUACAAGCCAAGGUCAAUUGUAAAAGAUAUGAGUUUAUCAUAUGGAGUUCAUAUGAGCUAUGCUAAAGCUUGGAGGUGUCAAGAGCAUGCAUUGGCUUACAUAAGAGGUACACCAGAAUCAUCAUUUCAGAAACUUCCCUCAUUUUUAUACAUGAUGGAGCAAAAAAAUCCUGGAACUGUUACUCAUUUGCAGAUGGACAAUGAAGGUAGGUUCAAAUAUUGCUUCAUGGCCUUAGGUGUUUCUAUAAUGGGGUUUAAAACAUAUAUUCGCCCAGUUAUAUGUGUAGAUGGAACCUUCUUGACUACUCGGUGUGGAGGUACUUUGUUAUGUGUCAUGGGACAAGAUGCUAACAAGAAAAUAUAUCCAAUUGCAUUUUCAAUAGUUGACUCAGAGAAUAAUGACUCAUGGUUGUAUUUUCUACUGAGGUUGAAGGAAGCGAUUGGUGAAGUGGAGAAUCUAAUAUUCAUGUCUGAUAGACAUACUAGUAUAGCAAGUGCCUUGACUAAAAUUUUUCCUGAGGCACACCACGGUGCUUGUAUACAUCAUGUUAGCAUGAAUAUCCAUGCGAAGUUCAAAACUGACCAUUGCCAUGAAGAAUUCUUCCUUGCAGCGAAAGCUUAUAGAAAGCGAGAGUUUUUACACCAUUUUGAGAAGAUUAAAUUCAAAGAUCUUGCAAUUGCUCAAUACUUAGAGAAUCAAGUGGGUUUUGAAAAGGGGGCUCGUUCUUUCUUUCCUGGUCAUCGAUAUAAUUUAAUGACUACAGGUGUUUCCGAAAGCUGGAACAAUGUCAUUGCUGAGGCACGUGGGUGGCCAAUUACUUGUCUCAUGGAAUUUAUGAGGCACACUUUACAAAAAUGGUUUUUCGAGCGUCGAACUGCAGCAUCAGCGGCUACAGGUCCUCUUGCCACAGAAGUGGAAGCUGAUUUGCGAAAGUUAGCAGACAAGUCCACUACCUCGUUCCCUUUUCCGUCUAGUCAGUAUGAAAUAACAGUAUUGGACGGUGAUCUUGAUGGAGAUGUCGACCUGAGGAGGAAAAAAUGUAGUUGUAGAAGAUUUGGUUUGACAGGUCUUCCUUGUGAACACGCUCUAGCUGGUGCUCGAGAUUGUGGCAUUAGUCCAUAUAGUUUAUGGUCCAGAUUCUACACAGUUGAAGCGUGGUUGUCAUCCUAUGGUGGAUCUAAUUUGAAUUUUUAG